GACUGUCUGGAGAUAAACUUUAUUAUCGAUUUUAUAAAGUAGUGUAGUAGAAUAGUUCACUUUAAGACACAUCCCGUAGAAAAUAAAAAAGUAAGAAACAAAAAAAAAGAUCUUGCUCUUGUGUAAAGUCAUUCCGUGAGAACCAGAUGUAUCAUAGAAAUCAAGUAGGCAUGUGACAAUGUAUACUGAAGAAAAAUAUAAACGCAACAUGUAAAGUGUUGGUCCCAUGUUUCAUGAGCUGAAAUAAAAGAUCCCAGAAAUGUUCCAUUUGCACAAAAAGCGUAUUUCUCUCAAAUGUUGUGCACAAAUUUGUUUACAUCCCUGUUAGUGAGCAUUUGUCUUUUGCCAAAAUAAUCCAUCCACCUGACAGGUGUGGUUUAUCAAGAUUCUGAUUAAACAGCAUGAUUAUUCCACAGUUGUACGUUUUGCUGAGGGUAGUAAAAGGCCACGCUAAAAUGUGCAGUUUUGUCACAACACAAUACCACAGAUUUCUCAAGUUUUGAGGGAGCGUGCAAUUAGCAUGCUGACUGCAGGGAUGACCACCAAAGCUGUUACCAGAUAAUCUAAUGUUCAUUUCUCUACCAUAAACUGCCUCCAACGUUGUUUUAGAGUGGAACUGAAACUGGAACUGAACUUCCACUGAGUUGCAUUAUUUUCCAGAGAAUGUAUGGAGCCCAGAGUUGAUUAUCCUUUUUAUACCAUGGCUAUAGUUUAAUACAUUUGCCACUAGAAAUGUGUUAAGUUGUGUAAAGAAUUGCUAUUAUGCAGGAGACCAAUCUACUGCUAAAUACGUGGCUAUUGCAUUGUUAUAACUGAGACAACACAUAGCAACGUAUUUUCACAGUAAAGCCUGUGGGGUCCCCUACAGGAUAGCUCCCACAUUACACACAUAAUCUCCCUUUUAAACAAACACUGUGUGCCCGAAGAAGAUUCUACGAUGACGGACAGACAACUGAGCCAAUGGCAGAAGACUACAGACUACAACCAGCUGAACCAAUCCGGAGAUCCGAUCUUCCUAGAGUCAACCUACUUUCUGUGACGUAUAUAAGGGCUGUGCUGACUGUUUACUCGCUCUCUGCUUGCUGUUCCAACACGAACUAACGGAAGAGCCGUAUUUACGUGUACCAGAUAUUCUCCCUCUGAAAUAAACUGUCGCUUGUCGUACAAUUUUAACACCUGGGGCCUGUUGCACAAAAGUAGAAUUAAGACAUCCGGGAUAAAUGACUCAGCUGAGCUCAAUGAAGCCAAAACAUGUGCGUCCAGGCUUAAUUGGUUGCACAAAGACCAAGCCAGGAUGAGCAGACACGGAUUCAUUAAACCAGGUGAAACCAAUCCUGGAUUAGGUGCGCGCUCACGGCUCACUCAAAUAGACCCCGCCACAGAUUGAUUUACCAUGGCAACUAGAGCCGCGUACUUUUCCCCGUCGGAAGCACAAAUCCUCAUGGAGGCAUACGAGGAGGUAAAAGAUAUAAUUAAGAAGAAAGGCAACACCGCCACAGUGAUAAAGCGUGGCAAAGUAUUGCAGACCGCCUGAAUGCAUUAAACAUGAACGGGCCAAAACGGACAUGGCAGCAGGUCAAAAUCAAAUACAAGAACAUUCUGCAGAAUGCAGUGAAAAAGAAUACCCACAGACAAGGCACGGGUGGUGGGUCACCAAAGGCUGACCUUACCCCAGCAGAGGACAUGGCCUUGGAGCUAAAUAAAGGCAGGCCCGUCUUAGAGGGGAUCCCUGGGGGGAAAGAGACGAGCAUAGGUUCCUCCCAAGAUGCCACCCGCUUCAUUCAAGUGCCUGGCAGCACUGUGUUCCUGUUAGAGCCACCAGCACAAGCACCAGACGAUGCUGAUCCAGGUGAAGGCCCCAGUGCAACAGCACAUGAUGGAGACGAUGAUGAGGAGGAGACCAUCUCUCUGGAUUCCAGAAGGCAUGAGGACCCAGAUGCUAUACAGUGGGAAAACCAGCCUGGCAACAUAAGCUCACAAGCUAUCAGAUAGUUGUAUGGCAACCACCUCCGGCGCCAAAUAGAACUGGCAGACAUAGACAUUCAGUACAAGAAGAAAAAGAUGGAAAAUCUUGCACUGGAGUCCGAAAUAAAAAAGAGGACAAUUAGGAAACUGGACCUUGAAAUAAAAAAACUUGAGAGGGAGCUCCAAGAAGAUGACACAGCUCAAAAUAAAAAUUAGGUAUAUUCUCGUAAAGUCAAGUGAGCCAUGACAUAUGAGCUCUUAUUGUGAGCACACAGGACGGUGGCAUCUUUCUAAGGUUUUUUUUAUUUUCCCAGCAAUCAGUACAACCAAGUCAUCGUUAUAAGGCAUCGCCCUCUUUUGCCCACCCCCCCAGCACCAGGUGUGGCCACUAGCCUAUAUGAAGUCCCAAAAAUUGUGUGUUCCUUUCUGCUCUGACAAUGGCAUGCCCAUUCGUGCGAGAUGUGGUGGAUGAAGAAGCACUUGUGCUGAGGAGAGCCUUCAGGCGAGAAAGGGUCUUCAGGGACCGGUUGGACCCACUGGCCUUCCCUGAUGACCAUCUAUAUGAAAGAUACAGGUUUCUGCAGAUGGCAUCAGGUAUCUAUGCAGACUACUGGGUCCCAGGAUUAAGCACCGCACUGCACGGAGCCAUGCACUGAGUGUGGAGCAAAUGGUUUGUGUGGCCUUGCGCUUUUUUGCUAGUGGAGCCUUCCUGUACUCAGUGGGGGAUGCAGAACAGCUGAACAAGGCCACAAUUUGCCGCACAAUAAGGAGUGUGUGUCUGGCUAUCAAAGCAUUAGCAGAUGUCUUCAUCUCCUUCCCUGGCCACAGAAGACUCUGUGACAUCAAAGAGGAGUUCUAUAGGAUUGCAGAUGGUCUGCAAUGCUGACUGUGUGAUCAGCAAUGUUGUGGCAAAAUGGCCUGGCUCAGUCCAUGACUCCAGAAUCUUUUGGGCCUCUGAAAUCUAUCAGUGCCUAUCACAAGGUGAAUUCUCUGGUGUGUUGCUGGGAGACAGGGGGUAUGGCUGCCAGCCUUUUCUCCUGACACCUUUCACAGACCCCCAGGAAGCACAGCAGGCCUACAACCAUGCCAGGACCAGGGCCAGAGUUGAAAUGACCUUUGGCCUCCUGAAGGCACGCUUUCACUGCCUUCACAAAUUAAGGGUCAGCCCUGUUAGGGCAUGUGAUAUUACUGUGGCUUGUGCUGUCCUCCACAAUGUGGCCUGCCUGAGGAAGGAGAGGGCCCCCAGAGUGCCACCAGCCAUGGACUGGGACAAUCCGGCAAUCUUCCCUGAUGACGACAGUGGUCGGCUGCUGAGGGACCAAUAUGUGUUGAAUUAUUUUAGUUAGUAUGUGUGCUUUCAAUUUUGGUUAAAUAUGUCCUGCGGUGGCAGAGGAAUUUGUUUUUUUUUUGGGUUCGUUU